AUGCUGCAAUGUCGUGAUGAUCCCCCAUUAUUCAAUCUGCAGGAUAACGCUACUAUUGAGUUCUUCGAACGUUUGGUGGCGUUCAGAGAAAUCUACACACAAAUCCAUCAAUAUGUGUGCUUGAUGGUGUGCAUAGUUGGUAUCAUCCUUAACGUUCUACACUUUUUUGUGUUAAGUCACCGAUCAAUGCGUACCUACAUCAUUAAUGCUCUACUUUGUGCGAUGGCCGUAUGUGAUAUCUUAACGAUGUCGUCUUAUCUAGUCUAUAUACUUCGAUUUAGAAUAUUCGACAACACAAUCGGUGUAGCUGGCUAUUCUUAUUCCUGGCUGGUGUUUUUAAUUGGCCAUGUCACAUCAUCAAUCGCACUACAUACCGGUUCUCUGUAUCUGUCAGUGGCAAUGGCCUACAUUCGGUGGACAGCACUCGAUCGAUUAGACGCUAAAUGGAUCAAUAACAGAGCGAUUGGGCAUAUAUUCCUCUUCACUACCUUCUCUGUUACAUUUAUUUCUAUACCAACAUUGAUGGUGCAUAGAAUUAUACCGGUCAGCGAAGUACUAGGAACCAAUGACACACAGUAUGAAAGCCUCUACACCGUGAAAUUAGACGAAACCGAUUUAAACGGAUGUACAUUGUUUCGUGCCAAUUUAUGGAUAACUGGCAUUUUCUUUAAGGCUGUUCCAUGCGCUCUCCUUCUUUGGUUUACGAUUGCAUUAAUAUGGAAACUAUGCGAAAUGAGCAAGAAACGGAAACAACUCAGAGCUGAUAACAAACAUAAUCGAAAACACUCUAAGGUUAGCAUUGAUAAGACGACCCUCAUGCUGAUCAUCAUGUUGGUGGUCUUCUUGUGUACAGAACUACCGCAAGGUCUACUUGCGAUUCUGUCCGCCAUCUACCCAACGCAUAUUCACACCAUGGUCUACUUGAAUGUUGGAGAAGUUCUUGAUUUAAUGUCGCUAGUGAACUGCCUUACUUCAUUCUUUUUGCACUGUUGUAUGUCUAGUACAUAUCGCGCUAAUGUUCGUCUUCUGUUAAUCCCUAAUAACAAAACAACCACACGAAAGACUACAAUGGCAGUACAGUCGUUAAAGUUACUAAUGUCAUGA